AUGAUUGAAAAUAAUCCAAGAGAAAAAUCAAGAGCACUUGCUGUAUUCCAUGAUGAUGAAGGAUAUGACUGGAGUCAGGUUCUUCCAGAAGAAGAUCGUUUGGAAAAUAUAGUUACAGCUCAUGGCAGAAAAACUUCAAAAAGCCAACAUUAUGUUUUUGUUGCUGAAAUAAAAGAGGAAAACAAAGAAGAAAAAGGCACAACUGAAAUCAAAGAGAAAACCAGAGAAGAGAUUCUGAAUGAGAAAAAUUAUCGAGAAAGAAACAUUGCUUUGAACAGAAUGGAUGAAAUGCAAGAAGAGUAUGAGAGUGCUGUCAUCAAUAAGAGAUGGGAUAAGAAGAGAGAGUGCUAUUUUAACAAAGAAGGUGAACUUGUUGUUCCGAAAAAAGACAUAAUUUUUGAAGAUGUUCUUCUCAUAAUUCCUCGAUCUGCCGAAUACUAUAGAAAUGUAUUAAAAGAUGAUACAUAUGCAAAAAGUCUGAAGAAAGUUGCUGAAGAAGUUAAAACUGAAACUGUUGAAGUUGAGGUUGUAAAGAAAGUCGAAGUUGUUAAAGAGGAAGAGGAAGAUUUGAAGGUUGUUGAGAAAGAAAAGAUUGAAGAAAAAAUUGAGGUGAAUGAAGAGGUUAAAAAAACUGUUACUGAAGAACAGCAGGUUGUAGAAGAUGAGAAGAAAAUUGAAAGUUUGGUUGAAGUGAAGAAUGAGAUUUUGGAGAUUGCUAGUGAUGCUGGUGAUGAGGUUGGUGUUGAAAGAAAGCAGAAAGAUGCUGAUCAGACAGAAGCAACAGAAAACACCGAAGUUGAUGAGGUGAGGAAUAUGGGAUUUGGAGCUAUUCUAGAUAUCAAUAUCAACCAUAUUUCGACACGAUUGGCAUAUUGGCUCGCCAGAAACUUUGACGAGAACUUCGAUACGCUAAACGUAGGAAAACUCCAAAUAAAAAUAACAUCGGACACAGUUUAUGAGGUAUUUGGAAUACCAAAGGGGCCAAAGCAGGUUGAAAUAAUAGCCGAUAAGAGAAAAGUUAAAAAGCAGGAAAAAAUUGAUAAGAGUAAAGAACCAGGAAAUGCUGUCAGGGAUACAUUCAUCAGCCAGUGGGGGGAAAACAUGAGAAUUACCCAUGGCUUAAUUGAAAAUACAAUGGAAAAUCAAAGAGAUGGGGGGAGCCUGUUUAGAUUAAAUUUCCUGGUGUACUGGAUGACGUUCUUUGCGGAGAUUACAAAGGCAACAACUGCAAAUGAUAGAUGUUUUCUUGGUGUAGUGGCUGUUGAGGAAAUACAGAAUCUAGAUUGGUGCUCAUUUGUACUUGACACUUUGCGACGUACACGAGCGGGCCGGAAGAACUAUAAAAUACAGUUCGUGGGACCUGUUGCCUUUCUUACGCUUCUAUACACGCAUGAGUACAACAAGAAGCUUAAACUGUUUGAGAAAGUCGUGGAAAUACCAAUUAUUCGUUAUAUCACAUCUUCGGAGAUUGAUAAAGUUGAAGAGCAUAUUUCGGAUAACGGACCUCUGUGGACAUCAAGUGAGAGUGAAGAAGAAGAAAAUGAAGAACAAAAAGAAGAAGAAGAGGGUCGUUCAACGGAGGAGUAUACACUACGACCACCGGUUGACACCACAAUAAGCUACAAAAGAAGGACUGCACAUGCAGUACAAAACAUAGAAACCGGGGAAGAGCCAAACGAUAAUGAGAACAUUGAUGAUUUCAUGGAUUUCAGUUUUGAAAAACAUGAAAUGUCUCAGUUGAACCUUGAGAUGGGAGUUGGAACACAGACACAGAAAAUGAUGGAUUAUUGCAUCACUCCUGUUCAACUUUCACCAUCGGUAAUCUAUGACACAGCCCAUGAACGAGAACGAGAGGCUUCGAGAAUCAACAAAAAGAACCUGUUGAAAAAAAUGAAAGCCAAUGUUAAAAAAUACAUUAAAAUGGUUCAAGAUGAUCAAGGGAUGAACAACUUAGUUUCAGAAGUAAAAACUAAGUGUUUUUGGGAUCCGGAGAUUAUGGAGGCCUGUAAGCAGUGGGAUGAGACGAUUCGGAAUAAUCCCAUUUGUGUGCCGCCUGAUUCGGUUCAAGAGCAUGAAACUUCACCCUCUCAUGUCCAUCAAGAGCCUGAAAAUCCAGCUUCUGAAGUUCAUCAUGAAGUUACUACAAACGAAGAAGGUAGACAGGAUGAAGAAGCUCAAAAAGUAAUAUCUAAUUUUUUGGUACAAAUGGCAUCAGAAGGGGUACUGCAGCCAGAUGAUGAAGGACUGGCAAAUAAAGAUGAUGGAGGAGUGACAGACACCCUUAUUGCGAACAUUCAAACUGUCGAAACGGGUGUAUACGCUUACAAACCACCUGCCAAAGAAAGUGGUGAAAACGAAACUGUUAUCGAAGAAAUAGUGAACCUGGCAGAAUCUACACAAAACAUUCAACAAAAAGUUCAAGAAAAAGAGCCAGAAGUGGAAGCAGUUUCUUUAGGAGAAAAAGACCCUCAACAACCCGAUUCGGGUAUCGAAGUUGAGAAGGAACCGGAAGUUGCAUGCCCUCAAGUGACGGUUGAGGAAUUGCAGUCAGUUGAGUUGCUUUUGAGCCUGGGACCUAGUCUGGAAGAAAAUAAAGGAAAAAAACCAACUAGGGAAGAAAAAACUCAAAGCCAAAGCAAGUUCCAAAACAAGUUCUACCAAAGGGGUUAA